AUGGCGCGGGUCUACUCGUUUUGGGUCUUUGAUCGCCAUUGCAAUGCCAUCUAUCACCAAGACUGGUCUCAUAUGCACGCUGCUGCUUCAUCAGGGUCAGGUGGUCCUAUGAGUCCAACUGUGACACAAAUCUCGGGGUUCGCAUCGUUGGGAGCAUCAAUUCAACGAGCAACAACAAGCGCACCGAGCAUCGCUGCCAGCGAAGCGCCGCUGGCUCCUCGUCGUCCAGGAGAGCCGUUGCUUCCUAAUGUAACUCGAACAGUAGCUUCAACCUCUAGCCAAGUUCGCGAAAUAUCUGGACAACCAUCGGCUGCUCGGCCAGCAGUGCAGCAGAGAAGCGCAACAACAGGUGCUGUCAUUGACGCUCCGGCUUCGGAUCUUCUGCCAUUUGAUGAAGAAGCUAAGCUGGUCUACGGUGUCGUUUUCUCACUUCGCAAUAUGGUGCGCAAGAUCGGAGGAGAAUCCGAGACUUUCAACAGCUUCACCACUUCCACAUAUACCCUUGCGCAUCUACACACACCCACCAUGUAUACUUUCGUCAUUCUAACCGAUCCGGUCCCGCCACCUUCGACAAUACCCAGCCGCAACAGCGAGGGAUACUCGAUCGGCAACGCUUCCGCAGCUCUAUCGGGCCGCUCAUCGUUCGGCACGGGCGGCGGUAUCCCAGGCACGGGCGGUAUGAGCCUGAAAGGUGUUCUGCUGCAAAUCUAUAGAGGGCCAUGGGUGGACAAUGUCGUCAAGAAUCCUUUGCUCAGAGCACUGGAGAGGGAGGAACGACUGGUAGAGCCAAAUGAGGAUGCGUACGACUGCGCCGAUGCGGCCAAACUCAAGCUCGUUGACGAGUCUCGGCUGACCCGAACGCACGGAAUCGACACGGACGCUUUCCGAGAGGGGUUGGAAAAAGUUCUUUCGCAAAACAAGCUCUCUGCACCUGUAUCAUAG